AUGGGGUUCCUGAAGGUUCUUGCGAUCCUUGUUCUAUGUGCCCACAGCACCUUGGCGAUAUGGACUCUAAAGUAUAUGGCCACCAAGUAUAUCCCUUCGGAUUAUAUCAACAACAAUGAAAGGCAGUAUCAGUACGACCAGGGCGCCGCCAACAGCGUGGCCUACGAUCCCUCAGCCUCAUAUGCCUAUGUGGCCGGUAACAAAUUUAUCCAAGUUGUCGACUAUUCAAGGUUCAUAGCACCAAAUAUUGUCCAUAAAGAAAAGACUGCAAGUCAGGCUACCGAUAUCGCACAUUGCGGAUACAUCGUUGCAUGGGUUACCCGCGGUGCGAAAAUAACCGAUCCGGGAACACUCCACGUGUGGGACAAGUACAGGCGGAACACUAAGAGAUGGAACAAUAUUUGCACUGGCCCAGUCGGAUCCGAUCCCGUCAGCAUAAAAUUCUUCGACAAUUGCCAAACCAUUGUAGUGGCCAACAAAGGAUCGGCAGCCUUGGAUCCUGGUACCGGCUCCUUCAUAGAUCCCGAAGGUACCAUCUCCAUCGUUAGGAUUAAAAAGAACAGGCAGCAAAUGCAACAGCAACGGCAGCAGCCAGGCCGUGGUAAUCCCAACUUCCAAGGCGGUAAUGCCCCCACCAAUCCCAACUUCCAAGGCGGUAAUCCCAACUUCCAAGGCGGUAAUCCUAAUUUCCAAGGCGGUAAUAACCCAACCAAUCCCAACUUCCAAGGCGGUAAUCCCAAUUUCCAAGGCGGUAAUAACCCCACCAAUCCCAACUUCCAAGGCGGUAAUCCCAAUUUCCAAGGCGGUAAUAACCCCACCAACCCCAACUUCCAAGGCGGUAAUACCCCAAACAAUCCCAACUUCCAAGGCGGUAAUACCCCAAACAAUCCCAACUUCCAAGGCGGUAAUAAUCCCACCUUCCAGGGUGGUAAUCCCAAUUUCCAAGGCGGUAAUAACCCCAACUUCCAAGGCGGUAAUAACCCCACCUUCCAAGGCGGUAACAACCCCACCUUCCAAGGCGGUAACCAAGGCGGUAACCAAGGCUUCCCGGGUGCCGGUGGCAAUCCAAACUUCCCAGGUACCGGUGGCAAUCCAAACUUCCCAGGUGCCGGUCGUAAUCCGAACUUCCCAGGUGCCGGUCGUAAUCCGAACUUCCCAGGCAGACGAACAAACUUUCCUACCACUCAAGGCACAUGUGCAACACAAUUCGGCCACCGAAUGACCAUCACGACAGUGGAUUUCAGGAGCUACAAUACCAGGACAAACAUGCCAUCUCUCUACGGUGUCCGCAUGCCUUACGAUGGAUCUCUGAGUGCAAACUCGCCACGAACUCUGUCCAAGUCCCUUGAACCAUCAUCUAUCAGCGAACACCCAUCCCGUCCCGAUAUCGCAGUCGUCAGUCUGACGCCUAACAACGCUGUCGUGCAGAUCACUCUGACUGAAGGUUAUGAAGGAGUGAGUUCAUUCAGCGCUGUAGGAUUGAAACCAUGGAACAACUAUUCUCUGGAUGCCUCAAGUACCCCUGCGGGUAUAUCCUUCAACAGAGGAUAUAACAUCUACAGUUUAAGGCAACCGAGUGCCAUCGAACCGUUUGUAAUGCGGACCCGGUGGGGAACCGAACAGUUCCUCUUCACAGCCGAUGAGGGCGCUACAACCAAGUACGGAGGAAACCAAGGCGACCCACCCCGCUUCAGUGACGCUGUCCCGUAUUCCAGGCUCCGACAACUGCCGCAAUACCUUCCUGCCAACUACUCUUCUCCUAGAGAGCUUGGCCAACUUGAAAUGAGUCGCGUCGAUGGGCUCCGCAAUCCUGCUAACCCCAACUCCGGCUAUGACUACGUGAAUUUCUUCGGUGGCAGAGGAAUUUCCAUGUUUAGGUUCCUUAACGACAGCAAUCUAGCUUUGGCUUGGGACAGUCAGGAUCAGAUCGCCCGUGGCGUCGCCGAUACCUUCCCGAUGGUACACAACUCGAGGAGUUUUACACCUGACGCCCAAUCACACGGACCCAAGUCACAGCGUGAUCUUGCAUCAACACAAUUGGGUGCACAAUGCAAGAGUCUUGCUGUUGCCAACGUCGAACGCGAUACCACACUGGUCUUCGUCGGAGCCGACGGCCCGAGCGUCAUCGGUAUCUUCAGCGUCUCUAGCAAUGGAAGCUUCCCGAACUUCGAAUCGGUCUACCGCAAAAGCCCAGUGCCCGGAACUUUCAGCCAACUCCUUAACCAAAAGCAAAUGGGAGACAUAGAUCCCGCCAAGCUUGUAUUCAUCCCAAGAUCGUCCACACCAGACAGAUUCAACUAUUUGAUGGUUAUGGGCAAGAAGAGUGGUACCCUCUCUAUGUACAGGAUCUUGAAGGAAUCUCGGAGAAACAUGCUGAACAGACUAAGAAAAGAGGCCAACAGCGCUACUUCAGUCAAGCGUUCUGUUUCAGCCAUCUUGUUUUCCAUCAUCGUUGCUGCAGUCACCUAUCUCUUUUAAACAUGUUAAAUGCCCAGAAUUAUGAAAUAAAACCAUCCCGUUACUUUCAACUCAUAAAACAACAACCGUCUCUAUUUUUAAUCCAACACAAUAGCACACUGAUUGCCUUCUAAUCGGUAUGCACAUGCUCUGCUCCUACUCUUGUUUCCUUAGAUGUAUAGCUAUUUGACAGGAUUUAGGGCCUCUAUUGAGACCCUAAACCUGUAGAAAUAAUUGCAUAUGAAUAUAUAUUUUCAUAUAUUCUGUAGAUAGUCCAGGUGUUGGAUUGAUAAUAAUAUUGUAUUUUAAUAUAUUGAUAUCAAGCUACGAACAUGUAUAAUAUACAUGUAUGAAUAUAGAACAUGAACUGAUGUAGGAGCACGCUCAACCGGGUUUUCGCUGCAGCAUUAAUUGGAAAAGACGCUCCCAGACCUUUGCCAUGGUCCCUUUUUCAAACAGCAUCAAUUUAUAUCGGUAAAAGUGAAUAUACUUUUAUAUGUUUAUUUCACGGGCGUAAAUCCGUGACGUCAUGAUAUUCAAGUGGGUGAAUGAAACCACCCCCCAUGAACAAUAGGUGUGACGCAAGGGUUUACGCCAGUGGUUUAUUUUUAUUAAUUUAUUUAUAAUUUCAUAGAUACAAAGAUCACUGAAAAAGGGACGUAAAUACCUAUUACGUAAUCAAGAUUUUUUUAGGAUAGACAUAGAGUUUAUAUGUAUGUAUCUAUAUAUGUUGACUGAUAAAAGAAAAUGAUGAAAUAUUACGAUGUCUUUCACAGACUGUAUUCUAUAUUACUUUUCGCAUGAUGUUAAUGUGUGAUAGAUUAUAUAGAGUAGACACUUGUUAAGAUGUACAGAAUUUAUCCUUAAGUAGUUCACAGUGAUAUUUUUGGAAAGCAAGUGAUUUAAUAAAAUAAAUCCCAGUAUAUGAAAUGUA